AUGGCUGAACCCCCGCCAGAGAGCUCUUACACCCCACCAGACGUUUCCAUAAACGCUUCACCUUCUCCUCACGACUCCAUGGAAGAUCUUGACCCCCAGGCGACUCGCAAGCGCCCACGUCUGGACAGUGGAAGUGGUGUGAGUCCCACUCUCUCCUUGGAUGGAACCUCUCGCACUGCCUCCGUUGCACCUGCCUCGGACAUGGACGAGGUCUCGGAUUCAGGUCGCGUCGCUAGCAAAGUGACUAUCAACAUGAAAUCUCCUCUCUCUCACCUUGACCCCACCGAGCCUGAGCUCCCUGAUCCCAAUUCAAAGCUCCUGACCGACACCGAUGGGGCUCCCCACGUUAUCGCCCUCUCUUCCACUCCCUCAUCUCCGCGGAGUCCCGAAAUACAAGUCGCUGAACCCGAAGAUAUGGAUCAGGAUCCAGCUGCCUCAAACUGGAGACCACUCGAACAGGUCAUGCAGGACCAGGAAGACCCCGAGGUGAUCGAGAUACAAGACACACCGACCCUCGCCGACACAUUCCCGAAACUGGACGAAGACUUUACACACCGAGAGAACUUCAAAGCUCUUGGUGAUAUUCUGGAGCUUGGCCAUCCACGUGAAAGCCAGGCGAUUGUGGCAGUCAAGCGUUGGUUGCAUACAUGCGCCCAAGAGCUGGACCGAAUCACACUCGAGGAAUACACCGCGGACUAUGAGUUCUGGGACACCUUGCCACAUGUCGUGGAGAGCCUGCUGCGCAGACAACCCGAGCUGCAAGUAGACAGUGUGGAAGACAUUUGGACCUUCUUUGAAGAGUUCUUCCUUGAUUACUCUCGCAUUGUGCUCCAACUCGUUCAAUUGGAUAGCCUGGUACUCAGCCGACUGACUGGAGAGUCUGGGAUUGAUCCGCCGUUGAGCACUUCCCACCGAUAUCUCUUCAAGUUCUCAUGGGUAUUCAAUAGCCCCACUGUCCCUUUCUUUGUCGUUUUGCACAAAAAAUACCCCGACGAAUGUCUCAGUCUUAUCGCUCGCCUCAAAGAUCAGCUCUCAUCAUCUACCUUUGACGGACCCGGCGUGCUUUUGCAAUAUGCCUCCCACGUCCUCAAUUUACUUCCGAAAAGUCCAUCACUGUUUGCGUACCUGCCCACCACCCUGUCCAUUGCCCUCCUAUUCUUCGACGCCAGCAUUCAACAGUUGAAGAAUGGUGUCGUUAGCCCCGAUUCUUCCUCGACGAUCGACAAAGGUCUACAGUCCUUGUACGACACGGCCCGAGCUGUCGACAAGGAAUACGAGGUAUUGGUAGCCAAGAAAUCACCAGUGGUCACCAAUGAAGCCAGCACCAACAUCGUGAGCGUCCUUUUCCGCAUUUACAAUUUCCUUUGCAUGGUUGAUCCCGACUUCAUGUUCCAACUUGCGGAUGAGUUGAAGAUGACACUACCUGAAAACACCUCGGUGGACCAAACCAAGAUGUGCGUGGCAUGGACAUGGAAAUUCGACGCGUUGAAGAGACAGAUAAUGGAAGGACGAAUGGAACUUCGUGUGAACGGUGUUGAAACCAUCCAGUCGGAUCUGGUCAAUCUCUGGUCUAACCAUGUUUCUCAAAACCCGGACAACCCGUUUGUGCACUACCUGGUUCAGCUUCUGCGCAGUAACAAGCUACUCGAAUAUUUGAUGGGUAUCGACUCGCACCCCCAGCUGAUUUCCCGCGCCAGCAACAUCUUCGGGUUCUUCAUUGUGACCGGUAACUACGAAAACCGCGAUACUGAUAUGAUAUGGAAAGUUGUGACCGACGGCCAAGAUGAAAGAACUGUUGCAGCGGUCGUUGACAUGCUUGGACGUACCCUAGGCAUCCACACGUCUACAUCUGGUACUUUGCUUUACAUUUGUGCAAAGCUACUUGAGCUUCCAUUGGAUCGGUUUGACGGGUACAUCAUUGACUUCUGCUCACAGCUUAUCCCUCGAAUGCAAGAAAAGCCCGGGGAACGUGACUACCGUGUCAUUUCACCCGAUGAGGACAACGCUAUUCCAUUGAAGCUGUGUGUCAGACUGAUUCGUGAGAGCGCUGGGGCCGAUCUCCCAUCCGAGAAGAAGGAGAUGAUGCAACAAUUUGGGAGUCAACAGCUGGUCAAUUUCAUGAAGGCCGGACUGAGCGAAUCGGACAAGGCUGAAACCUAUGAAGCCUGCAUCCAAGACAUUGCAGAUAUGAACGCUUGCACUGCGGGGAGCAUUCAAGUGCUGAAUGCUCUUGUAUCCUGUGAUGGCUCACGGGAGCUCGGGAAACUUGCAACCGAGUUUGACUUGACACACCUGGUCAUCACAGAAUUUCACCAUUUUGUCGAUCACCUCCCUAUCCCCAAUGACCUCUCUUCGCAGCACGCCUUCGCUUCGAGGGUGGAACUGCUGCGACGCAUCAUCGAUCUCGCUCCGGAGACGAUCACCCCGGAGCUUGGAAAUACCCUCUGGCAAGAAAUUCUGAUGUCUGACAAAUUACCUCGCAAUGAGCGCUUGAUUAUCUGGAAAAUGGCACAAAGUAUGACGCUAACUACAAGAUCUAACCAGUUCGUCGAGCGUUGCAUUCAUGAAUACCUCCCAGAGGUGUCUCCGAAAUGUUACUCAUAUGAGCUGUUGGCAUUUGCCCAGCAAACUGUAUUCUAUGACAUCCGCCUUAAGGCGCCACCUAUCACAGGGGAAGACGAGGUCAUCGCCGUUCCUGGAAUGGAUCGUAUCUGGAAUCUCAUCCUGACCGCACCACCAAACACCAUUGAGAACGAGGCAAUCAAAUUCGCCAUCGAACUUUAUCUUGACCACGUCAUCAUCAGCAGAUCACCCAGAUCGGCUAUUGAUGCCACUCACAUUGCCCUUGUUCGCCGUUGCGUGAAUCAACUAAAAUCCGCAGCUCCAGCUUUGAAGUCAUCCCGCAACGCAGAAGCAAAUGGUGACGUGGCAAUGGAAGCCGAGACCCAGAACGAGAAGCUCAGCACCGAGGAGCUUAUUUUCGACCGAUCGCUGUUAUUCCUUCGCCAGCUACUUCACGGAUUGCGCUCUCGGCCGCGAUACACUUCCCCCAGAAGCCAAAGCAGCUCCCCACCCAAUGUCAGCGAACACCCACUGAAAGGUGCGGCUGUCAAUAUUCGGUAUCAGUGCUUUGGCGGGACCCCGUCAAACAAGGUGAACACGCUGGUGAUUGGCGAACUCUCAACCGCAAGCGAGCUUGCGGAUAUCUUGGUUCAGUCAAGCCGAUUCUCCAAGUUUUCGCUCAUCUUCGGCGGACGAAAACUGGAAUUGCUCGAAAAGCCAGAUGCUUUGAUCAAAGACUUGGACCUUGGAGCCGGUCUGCUCCUGGUCAGAAAGACCCCUGAUGCCCACAUCAUCACGUCGCCCGGGAUGAGCCGAUCCAUGACUGCUGUCGACAAGGAAGUGCUGAAGCACUUUGACGAGUUGUAUGAUAUGCUUGAUCUCAAAGAUCAUCUGGCUCGACGAAUCAUUGACUUCCUGGUUGUGUUCCCGCCUCAGGGACAAGCCGUAGAAGUGGUCAAAUCUCACAAGAACUCGGAGAAAGAAAUGUUCCCAUUGACGGUGCCAUACAAGGCAUUGUACUCUGUGAACACACUUUCGAUGUGUCUUCAUGAUGUUCCUCUGGCCGUGGAUGUUGAUGCCCAGCAGGAAUUUGUGUCCCACAGCCUAAAAGUCUUGGUCGCGUUUAUCACGCUUGACGAAUUGUCUAAUUCACUCAAGGACGACUCAAUCGUGACAGUGAUUGCGGCAAAAGCCCUCGAGUGCUUGAGUUUGGCCAUUUCAGUCUAUCACCCGACUGACACCAAUGCUGCUGCUCUGAUAUCAGACCCUGCGACUUUUGUCCCUCGUGUUUUGAGCUUCAUCGAAAUUGGCCGUUCAAAGAAAACCAGCCAUCAACCCAUGGUGUUUGUUAAUGGCUUGGUUUGCUACUCCUUCGCAGUGCUGGUUGAGGCAUCAUUGAGCGACCAAAACAUUUGGAACACCGUCAAGCAGCAUGUCAAUUUCGAUGAUAUGAUGAGCAGUUUACUCCUGGAACAGGAUCAAAGACAAAUCCGAAAAGAAACCCAGGACCGACUCAAGAUCGUCAGUGGACCUGCAAAGCCACUGGAAACGGAGGUAGGCUCUGUUGAAGAGGAGAGUCUGGUCGAAAACCCCAUCCGAGUUGACAUGUUGGCCACGAUUUGGAGCUCGAUUGUGAAUAUCAUACCCAGAGCUCGUUAUUUUGUUGGCCAGUCAGAGGAGUUUUUCUCUACUGCUCUCUUUGUCUUCCGUUCUGUCGCAGGUAGAUCGCCGCAUGAUGUGAUGUUUAGCACGUACAUGAAACAGUGGACUGCUGUCUUGCUCGAUCACAACACAGAAGAGUUUGUGGGACGCGAGCCGGUCGAUAACUUGGUGAUUGGGCUUUGUUCUCUUCUGGAGUGGUGUCUUGAGCUGGCCAUUUUCGCUAAAGUUCCUCUAGAUUCCGGACACAUCGCCGAACAGUUAUUGAACAAGUACCUGUUCCCAGACUUCAUUCCUGAGACAGGAGACCACAAUGAUCUCCAAACUCCAAUUAUGCAUACCUACACCCGCCAACGAUUGUACAAUGUUGUUACUUUGCUUUGCGAACAAAGCGACGAGACCUACGGUCGAAUUUUGGAGUUAUUGGAUAGCACGGUUCCUCGAGAAUCCUCCUACAUUGAGCAUUCAUACGAGAGGCAUUCGAUGAUUCGAUCGAAUGUAGGCUAUGCCGGUCUCAGGAACCUCUCGAACACGUGUUACCUCAACUCCCUUACGACUCAAUUGUUCAUGAACAUCGAGUUCCGGGACUUCAUCUUGAACCUUCACAUCGCGGACCCGGUUGCACAAAAGCUCCUCUUUGAGACCCAGAAGCUUUUCACAUGGAUGCAAGAGACCUGGAGAAAGAGCAUUGAGCCACACGAUUUCGUGGAAAGUAUCCAGACAUAUGACAACGAGCAGAUUGAUGUCACCGUUCAAAUGGAUGUUGACGAGUUUUACAAUCUUCUGUUCGAUCGAUGGGAGGCUCAAAUCCUGGACCCGGAAAUGAAAAAAUCAUUCAGGUCUUUCUAUGGCGGCCAGCUGGUUCAACAGAUUAAGUCUAUGGAAUGUGAUCACAUUUCGGAGAGGGAAGAGCCGUUCUCGGCUAUCCAGUGCGAGAUCAAAGGCAAAGCAUCCUUGGAAGACAGUCUGCGGGCCUAUGUCGCGGGUGAAGUCAUGCAGGGUGAUAACAAGUAUUCUUGUACCUCGUGUGGCCGACACGUGGAUGCUGUGAAACGCGCCUGUUUGAAGGAUGUGCCGGACAAUCUCAUCUUCCACCUGAAGCGCUUCGAUUUCGACAUGCUCACCAUGCUGAGAAGCAAGAUCAACGACGAAUUCCAAUUCCCACGACACAUUGAUAUGGCUCCCUACACCGUCGAGCACCUCUCUAACCCCAAUGAGCCUGUCGAGCCGGAUAUGUUUGAAUUAGUCGGUGUCCUUGUUCACACGGGUACAGCCGAGUCUGGUCAUUACUACUCAUACACACUCGAGCGACCCUCGCCCGGGGGUCAAGCUUCUUGGGUCGAGUUUAAUGACUCUGAAGUCACCCGCUUUGACCCAACCUCACUUUCAGCUGCCUGUUUCGGUGGUGCUGAGCCAUCAUCUCAGUAUGUGAAUGGCAGCCAGAAAGACAAGAUGUGGAGUGCGUACAUGCUUUUCUACCAGCGUGUCUCCUCAAUCGAGAAAUGCAAGUCGAUGUAUACCCCGCCAAAGACAGAUAUUCCUGUGCACAUCUCGGUUCCAGACUCUAUCCAGAACCACAUUGCCAUGGACAACGAACUGCUUAUCCGGACCUACUGUCUUCUGGAUCCCCAGUAUGCCUUCUUUGUGGACAGGUUGCUCCAGCGGUGGUCCCGAAUGAGCCCCGGGGAGGAAAAAACCAAGGCCGAAACCUUGGCCAUUAACGUGGGAAUGGACACCAUUGAGCAAUUGAUCUCACGCACCAAGUACCUCCAGGGCCUAGACGAGAUUUGCCGAGACCUCAACGACAUGAUCGAGACCAGCUCCAGUGCAGCUCAAGCCGUCAUCCGGUGGGUCAGUGACCGGCCCGGAUCGAUUCGUAACAUUGUCACCAAGACGCCCAUCCCGGAAGUUCGAGCUAAAGAAGUCUCUCUCAUCCAUGGUGCUUUGAAACAUCUCCACUCCCUUUCGAACGAUCCGACUGCUGAACCAGACGAACAGCAGCAAUGGCGCAUUGAGCUUGAGAUAGCCAUCGAACGGGUUACGCUCUUGUUGAUUGAAAUUUGGCCCAGCGUCCAGUGUCUACCUCGAAUUUGGGACGACUACUUCGAUUUCUUCAACAAGCUUUGCACCUGCGGGCCAUCGGCCGUGCAGAUCCUGUUGGAUCGGGGCGUGUUUGUCAUGUGUCUGCAUAUUUUGUGGAUCGACCACGAAGACAAAAAGGAUCUGCGAGUCCAAUACCCCAAUUAUGUGCGACUUAUGGACAAGGGCCGUCGAUUCCCCUUCGGAAACUUUAUGGUCCUGUGCUUGACCUUUUUCGAGAACAUUGAUCUGUCCCUCAAGCCGCCACGCAAUGGCGACAAUCGUGAAUUCUCAGUCGAGACUGGCAGGUUCUCUGCCAGAGAGUGCGAACUAGAACUCAUUACACCUACUGAGACAGAUGGGUCGUUGUCUCUCUUGGCGAAAAUACUCAGGCACUGGGCAAUUUCCCGAACACACAGUGCUCGAAUGAUUAUUGCCGAGCUUUUGAAUGGAGAGCCCAAGGCAGGCCUUCUCGAUGCAAUCAUUAAGACGUUGGAAAGUGGAUUGAGAAUGGAACCUGCCAUUCAAUGUGUACCUUUCCUGGAGGCUGCGGUGGUUUUCUGCCAGUAUUCCCCUGACUGGAGUCGGAUCGUCGAUGUCGUUAACUACAUUGCCUGCGGAAUUGAUACCAUCGACAACAGCGGUGGUCAGGAGCACAUGGACUUUUUCACACAGAUCUGUGAUCUCACUAACCAGAGGCUCAAUUUGGGCCCCCGUGAUUUCACCAAGCUUACGCUGGGUCAUCUGCCGACCAUUGCCCCCGUUUUGCUCAUUGACAGGGACGAGAUUGUUCGACAGAACAUGCAAAGCAUUCUGGACGAGGCUUUUGCCGGAUACCAGACUGCAGGGACGGCUGAGCAGAACGACCAAGAGAAUGAGCAAGAGAAUGAAUCAGGAAACCUGUCGCAUGUCAUUGUCAGAGAUGAGUUGAAUUUACUUGGCCGACUUCUUCAGAAGUCCUGCGCCGAGCGACUUACUGCUGCCUUCUUGAAAGAGCAGACUCGUCCCAUUGAUGUGAGACAGCUCGAGUCUAUUCUCUCUGUCAUCAACUACUGCCUCACUACAUUCUACGAUGACAAUGACGCAGAUGAGGCUGAGGUCCAAAAGACGCGUGAGCUGCUUACCAUUCUCCGAAACAUGUCUCUCCAAGAAGUCCCCGACGACCCUGCCUCUGGUACGAUACAAUCCCUAUUACCCCUUAAUUCCGAACCCGUGACUGACCCCAUGACCCCAGAGUCUGAAGUUGCCUCCGGCGAAGAAUGGGAUGCCAACUCUGUGAUCGUCUCCGACUCAGACGGUGGAGUCCGAGGAUCCCCUUAG